UUCACUGUUAGGUAAAGUACGAUGACGGUUACGUACACCGCUGAAGUAGCGACUUGCAGAGGGUUAGGGUGCUUUUUGAAGCUUCUAGGAAGGUGGAAGGGCAGCAUCUACAAACUCGUCUGGCUGGACCUCCUCAUGUUCUUGUUCGUUUAUUACAGUCUGAAUAUGACCUACAGAUAUCUCCUGGAUGAAGCAGGCAAAGCGUUAUUUGAAAUGAUAGUAAAGUACUGCUACGACUACGGCAGUCUGAUUCCUCUGUCUUUCGUUCUUGGAUUCUAUGUGUCAGUGGUUAUGACUAGAUGGUGGAACCAGUACACUGCCAUACCAUUUCCAGACCCUCUGGCUGUGUUUGUUAGUGCAACUGUACAUGGCCAGGACGAAAGAGGCAGAGUAAUGCGCCGCACAAUAAUGCGAUACGUGUGUCUUUGCGUCACAAUGACCUUUACAAUGAUCUCCCCUAGAGUCAAGAAGCGGUUUCCCACUCUCGAGCAUUUGGUGGAGGCAGGGCUGCUACAUGAGAGUGAAAAAGAAAUUAUGGUGAAUCUGAACAAGAAGUUUCCCAAGUAUUCAAAACACUGGUUGCCAAUAGUGUGGGCAUCCAGCAUUAUAACCAGGGCUCGUAAGGAAGGCCGAAUCCGGGACGAUUUUGCUGUUAAAACACUAAUCGACGAACUGAACAAGUUUCGGGGACAGUGUGGCUUGCUUCUGAGUUUUGACACUAUUAGCGUGCCGCUAGUGUACACACAAGUAGUGACUUUGGCAGUAUACAGCUACUUUCUGACGACACUGAUGGGUCACCAAUGGGUGGAUAACAGCACCUACAGGUUCGACCUGUACUUCCCCGUUUUCACGACGCUUCAGUUCUUUUUCUACGUGGGCUGGUUGAAAGUGGCUGAAAGCUUGAUUAAUCCGUUUGGUGACGACGACGACGACUUCGAAGUGAACUGGAUGGUGGACCGAAACCUGCAGAUCUCGUAUUUAAUCGUGGACGAAAUGCAUCACGACCAUCCGGAGCUGGUCAGGGACCAGUAUUGGGACGAGGUUUUCCCACCGGAAUUACCGUACACUGCUGCAGCUGCAGCUGCUGAGUCUAUGAGGAACACACAUCCUCUUCCUUCCACAGCCAAUAUCGCAGUUAAACCCGAAGAACAAGAACUAAUGAACCCCUUAUCUGCAAAAGUGGACCCCAUGCAAACCUACAUUGAUAAUAUGCAAACUGGCCCUAUAACGUUCUCAGCUAAUAAGGCGGCCGGCUUCAAAAGCCGCAAGAAUUCUUCCAACAGCCUGGCGAUUGGAUCUUCUGUGCCCGAUGCCAUGUCAAUGCCCAGAGUGGCGUCGGUUACCAGUUUGCUGAAACGGUUUUUUAGUCGCGAUGACACCAGAAACGACUCUCGAAAUGAGAAUAAUGUGGAAGCAAACGAAAUGAAUGCCCUGAUCACCAAUGAGGAAAAGCUAAAGAAAUUAGGCAACAGUUCUAAGCGUAUUACUGCAGAUGUUAUAGAAGAGGUGGAUGAGCAAACUACCAUAACCUCUCAGCGGUCGCAGCAUGAUUGCCGACCAAAUGUAAUGCACGUUUUCGGGCCGCCUCCUCCAUCCCGGCCUAUUGACAUGCCUCAGUCCAGCAGUUUUUCAAAUAACCAUCCGAAUCAUCACGUGUACGAUCCGUUUCCGCCGCUAGCCAAUUCAGCGCCGGGUGAUGGAGCCGACUUUACUGAUCGAGUCAGCAUCGGCUCAGCUACGGACGAUGAAGACGACUUUGACAGUCUGAAGAAGAAGAGAGAUGAGGAACGGCUGAGCAGAGUAAAUCUGCUUCUUAGUCCCAUUCCGAAAGCAUGCCCAGACGGAUACUAAUCGGGUUGAAGCAGAAUAUGUCCCGUUCGCUGAGCGUGCAGAAAGGCGACGAAAUGGACACUGAGUGUCUGUUGAAGAGACGGUCGUCAAACAUGUCGACCUCGCCUCCUAAAUCUCCGCUUAUUCCUUAGUGGUAAUAUUUUUGAUUAUCGCAAAUAAUUGUGAUUACUUUGCCGUGCCUUAUAUGGAGAAUCUCGUCGAGUAAUGAUUACUAGCAAUUAUGGAAUGCCUGUUAUAGUAUUUCUAGUGUAUAGCUUUAGUAUUACUUCAUUUGGACUUAAAAAUAGGUGGGUUACAAAGUUUUCGAAUUCGAAGUUUUCGUAGUCAAUAGCGUUUAAUCUUAAUUUUUCGUAUUGAUUUAAGGCAAUGUGAUAAUACGUGGUAUUUUUCAAAAUAAACCUAAUCAUUUUAUACUCAAGUAAGUAGGUAGACGUAUGUUUCUAUCGAUGCAGGGAUGCUGAAGCUUUAAGGAUUAAUAAUUAGUGUAAGUUCAUCUAAGCCAAGCAAUAUUUGAUAUUUUGUAAAUAUCUACUAGCUUAAAGUUAAAAGCCCAUGUAAGAUCUGAAAAUAAUAGUUUUUGUAGAA